AUGGGAUCAGGAUAAGGAAAAACUCGAAUUAAGAAUUGUUAAACAGGGCUAGAAUAUUUAUAGAGUUUAAUUUCUAAUGUUGAUGUAUAAUUAAGUGUUCAGAUUUAAACUUAGUUAAAAUAACUUAUACUUUAAAAGCCAAAAAUUUCAAAAGACAUGUAAAUUUUAUUUAACAUUUUAGAGAGCUUUUGUACAAUUAUUUUUCUUAGGAUCAUAUAGAUUGUGAAAAAUACAGUCCAGAAGAUUAUGAACACUUAAAUAUAUUAUCAACAUUUUAGAAAAAGCUUCUAGAACCUCCAAAAAUAAUAAAUUAAUAAAAAGAAGAUGGUGUUGAUUAGAAUGUAUCAUAAUUAAAAAUGCAAUAUAUUAAAUCUUUAAGACUGUUAGAUAUUAAAUCAUUAGAUGAAUUUAAAUCUAAUGAAUUUUAAGAAUCUAGUUGGAUAUAUAAGUUAAUAAAAGGAAUUAAAAAUUAUUGUAUAAUAGCAAACAUUUUAUUAUUAAAAUGUGAAAAGGAUAAAGAACUAUAAUGGAUUAUUUAUGUUACUAUAUGGGAACAUUUUUCAUAAAAACUAUCUAAUUUAUCAGAGAAAUAUUCAUUUUAAAAAAUCAAUUAAUCUUUUGAUGAAUAUUUUCAUAAGAAAUUAACCCCUUAACUAAAAGUAGAAACAUUAGGAGCUAAAAUAUGGGGAGGAUAAGUUAACAUAGAUAAAUAAUUUGCAAUAAAUUAAAUACUAUUAGGUAGAAAAGAUAGAAAAUCAAAUCUACCUUUAAGCAGAAUUGCUACAGUCCUUAUGGAGAUGAGCACAGACAUAUAUAAUUUGUAAUUAGCAGGUAGUGAUGAAUUUGUAAUACCAAAAUUAAUUUAAGAAUUAUAGGAACAGAGUAGAUAAUUAUAUGAUUAGAAUUUUGAAGGUGAUUAUGGAGACUUUUUUUAAUUUUGGUUUUUAGAUAAUUAAUAUGUACUUACAAUAUUUCCUGAAUGGAUAAUAGAAAAUUAUGUUGAUAUAAUUUUAUUUGAAUUUUUAGAAGAUCUCUUUUGUUAAUAAAUACUAAAACUUUCAUAGGAAGAAUAAUAAUAAAUAAAUAAUAUUUAUCUGAAAGAAUAUUAAAUUGAGCCUAUUUUGUUAGAUGCAAAUGAACUUAAUCAAUAAGGUAAUUAAUCUCUAUAGAAUCUACUUACAUUUGAUUAAUUUUUAAGAUCUCAAUAAGAACCAACAAUUAGUUUAAUAACUAAGAGAGUUUUGAAUGAAAAAAAAAAUAGUGAAAUUUUUAAAAGUAAUACUACUACUAAUAACAGUGGAGUUUUAGUUGAUCAUUAAAUAAUCAUGUAAUAACUUCAUUAAUAAUCUAUUGGUCAAUAAGUAUGUUCAGAUAUUUAAUCAGAAAGUAGGAGUUCACAUUUUUUUUCAGCAUUCAUAACAAAAUCAUCAAAAUUAAAGAAUUUGAGUUUAGUAGAACUUGAAAAUAUUACUAAUUAAUAUGAUAUAAUAAAAUUUCCAAUUUAAUCAAGAAUAGAGGCAAGAAAUUAAAGAAUAAAAAUGAAAAACAAAAACAUAACUAGAAUAAAUUAUGAAUUUCGAAGUUUAUUUAGUUUUGAAAAUUAGAAAGGUGAUAUUAAUUAAAAAUAAUAAGAAUUUUUUCAAUCUCUAUUAAAUUAAGAAAAUCAAUUAGAAAGUGUUAUUGAAAAAAAAGAGUGCAUUAAAUCAAUAGCUGAAAUGUUAUUAGAAUAAUGA